AUGGAUAAGCUUGAUCCAGAAACUCUCAAACAUCGUAGAACAACGGCAAGAAGAAAGGCCACCAAGUUGGUUAACGAGUUAACGACUAUUUGGAACCAGAAAGACCAGGGUGACUCGGAUGACCUCACGUACACUAUCCAUCAGGCCGAGACCCACCUCUCUUCGAUACAGGAGCUGCAAGAAAAGCUAGAUAAACAAGACAUCCUAGACGAUUCGAACCAUGUGGCUGAAUUGGACAAGAUUGUAUUCAAUGCCAAACGCUUGCUGACUCAUUUGGAUAGCCCUCCUACCAACCUAACUAGCGUAUCGUCCAUCGCGCAGUCGCCUUACUCCAUUGGCAAAAUCAAGAUAAAUUUCCAAUUGCCUACAUUCAAAGGUGAUGUUCUCACUUGGCCUGAGUUCUGGAACCUCUUUACUGUGGCGGUACAUGAUAGCAAGGCUUACUCCCCAGUUGAAAAGCUGGUACAUCUUAAAGAACACCUAGACGGCGAAUCUGCAAGAUCCAUCAGAGGCCUGCCCACCACGGGGGACAAUUACGACGUGGCAAUCCGCAUCCUUAAGGAGAGAUAUGGGAAAGAAAAAUUCAGACAAGAGUCAGUGAUGGCCAAGCUUCUGAGUAUGCCUUGCAUAAAAGAAGGGGAAGAUCUGCAAGAAAAUGAGGACUUUUGUGGACGACCUGACCUCCAACGUCAGGGCUUUGGAGUCACUUAG